UCCAACACACAACACAGAAGCAGGAUAUUUGGUCCAGCACUUCCUCUCAUCCUGUGUGUGUGUGAUUCUGCGCAUUCCGCAGGCGUCGCGUUUAGUGAUUUCCUGCGCGCAGCGCAACGCAACGCAAAACAAUGCGAUGUAAAUUCUCCAACGAUAAUAAUUGCAACAUCUUCAAUUAAAAUCUAAAAGUGAGAGGCUUCUAUUGUGCUUGACUAAAAACCCUUUCGAUUAGUCACCCCUGGGUCUCGCGAAAAUCUUGCAAGGGGGUUAAAAAGCUCCUUGGAGACCGCGCGCAUCAGAUCUAACCAAAAACUCUUGAGGGGUUGAUACCCUCGUGCGGUGUGUUUGUGCUCUUCACGUUCGUGUUUGUGUUUUGUAUUUGCUUCUACAAGUGUACAGACAUUCUAUAAACUAGAAUAAUGAAACUCAUGUUUUGUUACGUUCACGGAAAGGAUGUUUAAAGAAAUGGCGCGCUAUCACCUUCGAUUGUUCAUCAUCAUCGCCGCCAUUUUGGUUUGCUGUAGAUCACAACCAAGUGGAAAAUGUCCGACGGUGUGUCAGUGUUACCUGGACCCAAAGGGACGUCAUACUGUUGAGUGUAAACAUGGGGGCAUGAAAGGGUCACUACAGUUUAGUAAUAUGAGUAUGGGGAUUGAGGUGUUGAAGAUAUCAGCUCCAGAUGACAAUAUGAAUGACCUAUCGAUGAAUCCUGGUAUCAGGCAGUUUAGACAACUCGAGGAGAUUCAUAUUACCAAGUCAAAUAUCCCUAACUUAGGGGAGAAGUUCUUCUAUGGUCUUUCUAAACUUGAAGUGUUGAAUCUUGCCCAGAAUAACAUCACCCAACCAUUACCCACGAACUUCCUGGGGUUAAUACGACUCCAACAGUUGUCUCUUGAUGAUAAUCGGAUUGAUUCCUUACCGAGUGAAACCUUCAGACACCUUACCGAUCUCCGAAUGUUGUCUGUACAACAAAAUCGUAUCCAACAAAUAGCCCCUGGAGUAUUCCGAGGGUUGAUCAAGUUGCGUGUGUUGAAACUCAGUUGGAACUACAUCAGACACUUCGAAGCCGAAGUUUUUAAGGAUUUAAGAGAUUUACGAAGGUUGGAAUGUCGUGGUUGUCAAUUGAAAGCAAUCAACCGCCAUGUUGUUGAACUCCUCCCCCUCCUAUCCCAUUUGGACCUCAGCGAGAACGAAAUCAAGGUCCUGGACACCGGAGACUUCUCAAACACAACUAACCUUAGGGUCCUGAGAUUGGAUGCUAAUCAAAUUCGGGAUCUGCCUGGUUAUGUCCUAGGAACACAUGCGGGUUUAACAAAUUUAUCUCUAGCUCGUAAUCAGAUAGCGAAUAUCGCCAAUGAUGCAUUCGCCAACUUGGUGAACCUCACCGCAUUGGACUUGGGCUACAACAACUUGAAACAUUUAACGAGCGAUGCGCUAACUGACACCCUCGGAAGUUUGGAGCGUCUGGUGCUCAGCGGUAACCGGAUAGCUUUGAUCGAACUCAAGCGGGCAUUACACGACGCCACUUUGAAAGAUUUACAAUUAGCAGAUUGCAGCAUCGCUGAGAUCAACGCCGUCUUCAUUCCGGAUACGGUGACCACUCUCAACUUGGCUAACAAUCAAUUAUCAUACUUGUCUGUGACGGUCCUGCCCCCAAGUCUAAGAGAUCUUGAUAUAUCCGGUAAUUUAUUCCGUGGUUUGGAACAGGAGGUUGUAGAGAAGGAUAUCCACUUCAAGUUGGAUCAUAAUCCAUGGUCGUGUGAUCUGUGUCAUAUUAUUCCUAUGUUGGAGAGGGUUAAUCGUAGUGAGGACCUGUAUAAGGUACGUUGUGCAUUACCCUACCAUCAUACCAAAAAGGUGCUGGGGACUAUCCUCCGGGAGGAUUUGAGUUGGUGCAAUGCGGAUGGUUACUCCUCGGAGGGUAUUAAUUUCUUCCUGAGUCGAGAUGACGGCCGCUUGGGGAUUUUCGCCGCUGCUGCUUCCUUACUGCUAUUGGUGAUUACAACAUUCGCAGUCCUCGCUGCGUUGUGUUAUUCCCGACGCCAUGCUGCGAAUUAUUACACGCAUGAGGACAAGCGCGAUGAGAAGGAGUCGAUUUUUGAGAAUUUGAAUCCCAGUCCCAUUUUUGGCGGAGAGGAGUUGAGUUUUAAGUUUCCUUUGGAGGUUAACGAUAUGAAGAUAUCCAUUGCUACCAUUGAUGAGAUCAGAAAGGAACAUGACUCCAAUAGUACUACUACAACGUUGACAGGGACUUGAAUAGGUGGUGUAUUGUGGGAAGUCUAUAUUACUUUUCAUAACCUCAAAUGAUUUUUCUGGUGAAAAAUGACCAAAUCAACGAAUUCCACUGCCACAAAAUUAAAAAUAAUUAUGAAUACAGUUCAAGUUUUUGAUCGUCAAUUAAAUUUGAAGCGUGCCAGUGAAAUUUUGAAAGAAUUAGUGGUUCUAUAAAAACACUUUGUUUCUUUUUAUAUUUUCUAUGGUAGUAUUAUGGCCUAAUCGAAUACUAUACUUUAUUCAUAUACUAUUAAUCAUAAUUAUUAGAUAGUGCCAUUUAAUAAUUGUUUAAAAUGAACAUUUGUGGCCAAAUAUUCUUAUACAAUGCUAUUUUGAGUACUUAAACGAACAAAACGAAUGCUUUUCAUGUUAGUUAUGUGAAAUAUGUGUGAUUUUAGUGUUGUAAGCUAAUCUUAUUUAUGUAGCCACUAAAACAUGACGUUUAUUUUUAUCUCUGAUUAGUUUUUCACUCAUUUACCGAGUGUUUUGUACAUUUGCAUUCGUAUAACUUCUAUUUUUACAACACAUUACAGAUAUAUUUAUAUAUUUUCAGAAAAUGGAGAGAAAUGAAUAUAGGUUAUGAUGAUUAUGCUAUUGUGUUGUAUAUGAUAUGAUGAUGGAUGAUUGUUAUUUAACAGAUUACGUCAAUAAAAUACAUCAGAUCACAACAUAUAA